AUGCCGCUGAUCAACGAUCUACUGGAGGAUUUUGAGUCUACACUAUGGUAUUGCUCACUGGAUAUGGCGAGCGGAUUCUGGGUGGUGAAGAUGACGGAUCGGGCUCGCCUGAUCUCGGUCUUUAUUACCCCAUUUGGACUCUUCGAGUGGAAUCGGAUGCCAUUUGGGCUGAAGAAUGCGCCGCAGAUCUACCAGCGGAUGAUCGACAAUGCCCUGUAUGGGUUCACUCGGAUCCCGAAAAUGGCAGGUGAUCUGGAGAAUUUGGAUGUAUUCAAGGCCGGAGAACCCGAAGAUCCGGCCAAACCAUCGGUGUUAGGACGCAGAUCCUACAUCGACGAUAUCCUAGUGCCAGCAGAUAAUUGCGAUCAGCGAUGCGACCGAGUCGAAGAUCUGGUUUCUGGGGGCAUGCCCAAGGUGGAAUAUCUCGGUCACAAGGUGUCGCACGACGAACUGGAGGCGAAUCCGAAGGAUCUGUCGGGCUUGAGGAAGAUCGGCAUGGAGAAGGGCACGAAUCGAAGCCGGAUCCAGCUAGCGCUAGCAUCGGAAUCCCCGGAUCCAGACCUAUUGACCAAGGAUCCGACGAGUCCGCAACCUUCGGAUCCGAGCCCGCGGGGUCCGGAUCACGGACUUAGCAAUCGAGAUCCGAACCUAGCAUCACGGGAUCCGACGCCUGAUUGUGUGAAGACGUCGAACCCCGAGAAUGACAAACUUGUGGAUCUGGAUCCCAGGUGGAUCCAUGCUCACAGCUCUUUCAAGGUGCUAAAAGAGAUGAUCGCGAAGACGCCGAUCUUGCGCCACUUCGAUCCGGAUCGACAAGCGGUGGUGGUAGUAUAUGUCAGUGAUUGGACGAUCUCCGGUGCAUUGAUGCAAGAGUACGAUCAGAUUUACUAUCCAGUGAUAUUCGCGAGCCGUACGUUGAAGUCCAACGAAUUAAACUAUGGGAUCGCCGAGAAUGAGACCGAUCCGAGUGCUGACGCGUCACACCACACUGGCUUGGUUAUUCACAUCCAAUGCAAGAUCCAAAUCCCGAUCCCGACAGUGAGAUCGGAUGAGGAUCUGUAUGUUGCCAGCUUCGAUGGAUCCCCUCCGUGUCAAGCGAGGGGGAGGCGCCUACAGCGCGAUCCUGUGGAAAUUACCUGGUGGACCGUUGUGAAGGCCAGAUCCGGCUAUGCCGAGGGUCUGACUAUCGAUGAGGCCGAAUAUCACGGCCUCUUGUUAUGUCUGGAUUUGCUGGAAGGAACGGAUCCGCUGCGUUUGGUGAUCUGUGGCGACUCGAACUUGGUGAUCCGCCAUGUUAGAGGCGAAAUUGAUUGCAAGGCACCUGGAUUAACGUUAUUAAGACAAAAGGCGUUGGACUGA